AUGUUAUCAUCGAAAAUUACUAGAAAUAGAGUACUAAGAACAGUUCCAAGUUUCCGCUUGACACAGACUUAUUUGCCAGUUACAGCCAAAUGUUUAUCACAACCGCAAUGUAAACAAUCACCUCCACAGCAAUCGCAGGCGACGGCAACUUCAUUUAUGUUGCUCCGUCACAACGUAGGUCAUUUGCACCAAAUCAGAGGGUUCCAUUCAUCAACCCCGAGGUCAUUGCAGAUGCAGCAAAACCCGGAUGACCAGGAUAAUAGACCUGCAUUGGAAAAGUAUGGUACUGAUUUAACGCAACUAGCAAAAGACGGUAAAUUGGAUCCAGUAUUAGGACGUGAUGAAGAAAUUCGCCGUACAAUACAGAUAUUAUCGAGGAGAACUAAGAACAAUCCAAUAUUAGUCGGGAAAGCAGGUGUCGGUAAAACAGCAAUCAUGGAGGGUUUGGCUCAACGUAUCAUCAAAGGAGAGGUUCCCGAGUCAAUGAAAGACAAGCAUAUCAUUACAUUAGAUUUGGCGGGAAUCAUUAGUGGCGCCAAGUUUAGAGGGGAUUUUGAGAGCAAGUUGAAAUCAAUUUUGAAAGAAGUGGAAGACAAGCAUGGUCAGGUUAUUUUAUUUAUUGAUGAAUUCCAUUUGUUGAUGGGUUUAGGUAAAGCUGAAGGGUCGAUUGAUGCUAGCAACAUGAUCAAACCGGCAUUAGCCAGGGGCCAAUUGUCAAUGUGUGGUGCCACUACUCUUGACGAGUACAGGAAAUACGUUGAAAAAGAUGCCGCUUUGGCUAGAAGGUUUUCUCCAGUUCAAGUCAGUGAACCUACUGUUGAAGAUACGAUAUCCAUUCUUAGAGGAUUGAAGGAAAAAUACGAAGUUCAUCACGGUGUCAGAAUCUUAGAUUCAGCAUUGGUUACAGCAGCAACGUAUUCCAACAGAUAUAUUACAGACAGAUUUUUACCAGAUAAAGCAAUAGACUUAGUAGAUGAAGCUAGUUCUACUUUGAGGUUACAACACGAAUCGAGACCUGAUGCAAUAGCUAAGUUGGAUCGACAAAUUAUGACUAUUGAAAUAGAAUUAGAGUCCUUGAGGAAAGAGGAGGAUCAGCUUUCUAAAGAUAGAAGAAUUAAGUUGGAGGAAGAUUUGGAGGUCAAAAAGAAGGAUCUCGAUGAAUUAACCAAACAAUGGGAGUCUGAGAAGAAAGUCAUUGACGACGUAAAGGAGGCUAAAUCGAAAUUGGAAGAGGCUAGGCACGAGUUAGACCUGAGCCAGAGAGAUGGAGAUUAUGCUACUGCCUCGAGGAUACAAUACGCUGUAAUUCCUGAGUUACAAUCUAAAUUGCUCAAGUUGACUCAGUCAGAACAAGCUUCCAGAUCCAGUACCCUUCUACAUGACUCGGUAACAUCAGAUGAUAUUGCUGGGGUUAUAUCCAAAAUGACUGGAAUUCCUGUUAGUAGCUUAUUGAAAGGUGAUAAGGACAAGCUUUUGGAUAUGGAAGUCAUUUUGAAACAAGAAGUUGUUGGUCAAGACGAAGCUAUUCAUGCUGUUUCGGAUGCAGUGAGAUUGCAAAGGGCUGGUUUAACAAACGAGAACAGACCAAUUGCUUCAUUUAUGUUCCUUGGUCCAACAGGUUGUGGUAAGACCGCUUUAACCAAAGCCUUGGCAGGGUUUCUUUUCAAUGAUGAAAAUGCCAUCGUGAGAUUUGAUAUGUCGGAAUUCCAAGAAAAGCAUUCAAUCUCGAGAUUACUUUCUGCGCCACCAGGUUAUGUUGGUUAUGAAGAAGGAGGUGAGUUGACAGAAGCCGUUAGAAGAAAACCAUACAGUAUAGUAUUGUUUGAUGAAUUUGAAAAAGCACAUCCAGAUAUCGCCAAAGUGUUGUUGCAGGUUUUGGAUGAAGGUUCAUUGACAGAUUCACAUGGUACGAAAGUAAGUUUCAAAAACACAAUUAUCAUAAUGACUUCGAAUAUUGGUCAAGAUAUUUUGUUAAAUGACAAGAACACGCAUGAAGAUGGACAUAUCAAUAAAGAGGUUAAGCAACAAGUGUUGGAUAACUUGAAACACCAUUAUCCACCUGAAUUUUUGAACCGUUUGGACGACACAUUAGUGUUUAAUAGAUUAUCUAAGAAGUCAUUGAAGGAUAUUUUGGAUAUCAGAUUGCGCGAGAUUGACGACCGUUUGUUGGAUAAACGUAUCGUAUUGGAAUUGACCCAACCGGCCAAAGACGCAUUGAUUGAACAAGGAUACAGUCCGAUUUAUGGUGCAAGACCAUUGAAUAGAGUCAUCCAAAAGAAAUUAUUGAACCCACUUGCUAUGCUUAUGUUGAAAGGACAAAUUCAAGAAGGUGAGGUUGCCAAGGUUGAAGUGAAGAAUAAGGAUAUCUAUGUUGUGCCAAACCAUAGCGAGGAAUCUGUAAUAAAGGAAGAGGAGGACUAUUAUAAGAGGAAGGAAAAGAAUGAAUAG